UAUAAAUCCUCAUCGACCUUUGUCUUCCCAUCCAAAUUCCCAUCCAACUCCCAACUCCCAACUCCCAACUCCCAACUCCCAAACUCCAAUUCCGUAAUUUUGCACCUUUUCCCUCUUUUUUUUUUUGCUUUAGCCGGUUCCCUCCCAAAGCAGCCGGCCCCACACCUCAUUAUCUGCGAAGAACCAGAAGGCAGAUGUAAGAAGUCAGAAGCCGUUCGCGAAGAAGUCGAGCAGCUUCAUUACAGAACCUCCAAAUCCAAGGAUGACAAAUUAUUAUGACGUUGAUGAUAUCUUAGCUGAAGAAGAGCUGGUUCCAGCUGUAUUCCAGAAGACUGCUAAUGGAGUCGGGAUAUUUGAUUGCUGUGAUGAUACAAAUAAGGUGGGAGCCGGUACUGAAGUGGAAAUGCCUUUCUGGCUUGCAUGUGACCUAUAUGUUAAACAAGCAGUGAAGAUCAAAGUUCCGUCAUGUUUUGACACCAAAGAGAGACCAAGAGAUAGACACCGUGAUGAACCAAUAAGAAAAAGGGACAGAACAAAAGAUGAAAUUGGAGCUGAUGCUGCACAUGUAGAUCUGAGAGGUCGAUGCCCAUAUUUUUACGAAUUCGGAUGCAAGAUAGCAAGACUAAUUGGUGACAAGACAAUAGGGCCUUUUCUGUUGGUUGCAUUUCGGACAAGAUAUAAAGAAGUGUUGAUCAAAGCAUACACUGCAGCAUCUACAGUAGCUAUUAAACAAUUACCACUUCUAACACAGGAAGAGAUGAAAUUGUAUGAGGCUGGGCAAUCCUCUAUAAUGGCUUUUAAGAAAUGGCGGAUGGGUGGACCUAGACUGCAGAAAGCUUCUGUGCUUGGGAGAAAGAGGAAACCAACCGAAUGAGUUUUUUCUCUUUUUGUAACCAUAUCUCAGUUAAUUAUUUGCACAAAGUGUACUUAAAUACCAUCUUAAUAGUCUUACACAUCUUGAUUGAUCUUCACAUUUGGACUGAUAUCUCGAAUGACUAUUCUGAGUAUCUUGUAUCCUAAAAUAUUAUGUGGUCGGUAAUGUAAAUUGUUUCAAGAGUGAUUGUAAUAAUAUACAUCUGUUUAACAUUAAAUAUCAAGUAAACAUCAGGUUCCGGACAGGUUGAUUUGGAGUUGGGAGACAGAUGGCUGAUUUACGGUAAGGAGCUGCUAUUGGCAUCUUACAGGGGGGCUGUUACAUGAGGAGUGGACGGGCUGGACGAAAGCGUGGCAAUAGAAGCUUCCUCCGAAAAUUAAAACCUUUUUCUGGCAGGUUUGUGGUGGUUUAUUACCAACCACAUCUAAUCUAAGGUGUUGUAGGGUGGAUUGUCCGGAGGUUUGCGGUAUGUACGGGAAAGCGACGAAUCACUUUUAUACUUACUUGUCCAGUGUCCUUCGGCUCGGGAAGUCUGGUGUUAUCUGGGAGUUAGCUGGGCAGGUCAGCCGAGUGACUCAUUUCAUGGCUGGUUGCAGGCUAAUAUUCAGGUAAGGAAGGAGGACAUGUAUAUUUUGAUUUGGGGCUGUUGGGGUUUAUGGUGUGACUUGUGAGAGGAACCAGCGAGUUUGGUGAUGCGUUGAAUCGGAGGUCAGCCAAGUCUUGAAGUGGACUAUGGCUUCUGUUGAAGGCUGGAUCUAGGCACAGCAAGUUAGUAGCAGGGGGGGACAGUGUAGUUCCCCUCGCUGGCAGGAGUGGCAGCUUCCGGCUGAAGAUAGGAAGAAGCUUCAUGCCGGUGCUUCUCUUCGGGGAGUUAAGUGCGGUGUAGGGUGUAUUGUCCGAAAUGUUGAUGGGUAGUUUAUGGCGGGGGAGCGAUACUGUGGCCUGGGAAGCGAUGCUUUGGAGGCUGAAUUGAUUAGUAUAAGGAGGCUUUGAGUUGGGUGAAAGAACAAGGUUUAGACUUGGUAAACGUGGUGUCAGGCUCGAUGCAGGCCAUUGUUGAAAUCAAGAAGGGUUUGAGCUACUCAUUAUCUGGACUUCUAGUUGAAGAUAUUAGAGAAAUUGCUUCAGGUUUUACAAGUGUUGUCUUUUCUUAUGUGAGGUGCUCUGCGAACAAGGCUGCUCACGCUAUAGCACGAAUGACAGGUUCUGUUUCUGAAUAUUGGUGUUGGUUAUUUUAUCCUCCUAAUCGUAUUAUUGAUGAUCUUAGUAACGAAUUAACGAUUUGAUUGAUGCUAUUUAAGACUUUAAGUUCCUUUUCUUCAAAAA